AUGCGACUCCAAUGUGCGGUGACUGUGCUUCUGGUGCUCCUGGCUCACUUUCAAGUGGAGGCCAUUUGGUGUCCGGACCAGCAACUUCUGGAGGAGCAAUUGGCCACGAAGAUCGCCGCCGCUCUGCAGAAGAUCUUCACCAAAAGCUUUGCGCUAUUAAAUUUAAGUGUCGUCAUUAGCACCGCCUACGAAACAAUGGACAGGGAUCAGGUGCAGCUGAUCCAUCUAGUCCUGGAUCGCAGCUUGAGUCGCCUGGACUCUCCAGUGCCCGUCGUCCUGGCCUCGCGAAUGAACCGGAAGAUCGCACCCCACGUCACCAUCCAGUUGCUCUUCGUUCAGAGCGUCGACCAGGUCAAAGCCAUAUCCGAUGACUUGGAGAAGAACUAUUUGUGCGUUGUUGUGUUGCUAUCAUCGCUGCCUGUUUCGAAGAAACGGAGUAUUAUGUCCACGAUCUUUGCCCAUUUCCUGCAGGAGCGAUACAACAUAAACGUGGUGAUCCUUGUGCCCAGUUUGCAGGGAGUCCGGGCUUAUAAUGUCCAGCCGUACACUGCCGAAAGUUGCACGAGCACGGAACCGGUGGAAGUCGAUUUGAAGGACUCCCUCAUACGGGAUCUCUAUCCGGAGCGCUUGAAGAACCUCCAUGGUUGUCCAUUGAGCGUGAUUGUGUGGGACAUACCGCCCUUUGUGAAGGUCCAUUGGGAGCGGAGUGAUCCCAUGAGCAGACUGGAGGGAUUGGAUGGCCGGAUAUUGGGGAUUCUGGCCAGCAAGAUGAACUUUACGCUACAACUGGUACCCAAUGAACCGAAGGGACUGGUGGGUGGAGCCAGCUUCAUGAACGGCACCUUAACGGGCGCCUAUCGAAUGCUCCGCGAGAGGAGGGCCAACAUCACCGUGGGAUGUGCCUCCUGUACGCCGGAGAGAUCCACCUUCUUGGCGACCACGGUGCCCUACAGCCAGAUAGCAUACAUAAUAGUGAUGCGGGCCAGAAGUGGCUACAGCAUCUACGAAAUAAUGCUCUUUCCCUUCGAGCGAUACACCUGGCUAUUGCUGGGACUGAUUCUGGGCCUUCGCAGGAUUCUGGGUCGAUGGUGGUGCAUGCCGGCUCCUGUUUUGGCCGGCUGGAUGCUCUGGAUCUUUGUCAUCAGGGCCAGUUACGAGGCCUCUGUUUUCAACUUCUUACACAACUCACCGGAGAAGCCAUCACCCCGCACCUUGGAGCAAAUGUUUGGUCAAGGAUAUCGGUUUAUCACCGAUCAUGCCACCUACCGGAUGACCUUGAAAUUUCCGGCUUUUCAGGGGAGAACCACAAUCUCGCCGGGACAACCGGUGGAUGUGUUUCAUGCCCUCUUGAAGGCACCGCCGAAAACAGGCGCCUUCACCAGUCGCUCCUUUCUGGCCGAGCACUUGGUCAGGCAUAGGAACCAUCGCAACAGGAUGGUCAUUCUGGCGGAGAAGAUUAUCGACAAUAUGAUUUGCAUGUACUUCCCCUACGGCUCCUACUUCGCCUGGGAGAUCAGUACCCUGCUCUUCAAAAUGCGUAGCUUUGGCCUGUUCCAGCACCAUUCGCAGAUCCUCGCCUGGAACAGCAUGCCCACCACCUCGGAUGCGCCGGACAAACCGGCUCGAUAUGCCCACGAGGAUGCGGGCGCAGGAUUCGCCAGGUCCAUGGGCUUCGUCCUGGCCGCCUUAAAUUGUUUGAUGGCAGCCCUCUGCGUUUCCAUUGCCGUUUUUGCACUGGAGCACCUCGGUCACACGCGGCGCUGGCCGAGAUUGACCUGGCUAAUGGAGAGGGUUUGA